AUGAAGGGUGCCUUUGUUGUUGGCGCCAUCGCCAUUGGCGCGGCCAAUGCCACGCAUUUUCCCGACUGCGAGCAGAACAACUGCUACCGCAACCUGAUCGAUGAGCGCUUCAGCGCCCAGGCUACUCCUGCUUGCUUAGACUGGCUCGCCGGUACCACUACAGCCAACGCGGCUAUCCCCACCGACUACUCCAACUGCCCCGACUACAGUGCUUUCAGCUCUGCCUGCUCUUGCGUCGCUUACACUGCUACCCACACCGGCGGUGUUGCAGCUCCCACUUCUCUGCCCGCCGUGCCUACCACUGCCGCUGGUCUUCCCGGCGAUGAGGACUGCGAGGAGCCCACCAAGACCCCCGGCAGACCCGGCCACCCAGUGACGACUCCCGCUGGACGCCCUACUCCUCCCGCCGGCGGCAACGGUGGUCACCCUCCUCCCGCCCAGUCUUCUGAGGACUGCGACGACGAGACCAAGACCCACGACUUCCCCGGUCACCCGGUCACUCCUCCCGCUGGACAGCCUACUGGUGGCUUCCCCGGCCACCCUACCGGAGGCUUCCCUGGCCACCCUCAGCCUACCCAGUCUUCCGAGGACUGCGACGAGACCAAGACUCACGACUUCCCCGGCCACCCUACCGGCCCUGCUGGUGGUGUUCCUCCUUACAGCGUCCCCGUUGGUACCGAGACUGGCCCUGUCGUCUCUGUCCCUACCGGCCCUGCUGGUGGUGUUCCUCCUUACAGCGUCCCCGUUGGCACCGAGACUGGCCCUGUCGUCUCUGUCCCUACCGGCCCUGCUGGUGGUGUUCCUCCUUACAGCGUUCCCGUCGGAACUGAGACUGGCCCUGCUGUCUCCGUUCCCACUGGUCCUGCCGGCGUUCCCCCCUACAGCGUUCCUGUUGGCACUGAGAGCGUCCCCGUUGGCACCGAGACUGGCCCUGCCGUCUCUGUCCCUACCGGCCCUGCUACCACCGGUAGCGAGCUCCCCGUUACCACCGGCCCUGCUGGCACCGAGACUGGCCCCGUCGUCUCCGCCCCUACCGUCCCCGUCUCCGUCCCCGUUGGCACCGAGAGCAUUCCCGUUGGCACUGAGACUGGCCCUGCCGGAGCCCACCCUACCGCUUCUGGCCCUGCCGGCUCUUCUCCUUCCGGCCCCGCUGGUGGCUCUCCUUCCGGCCCCGCUGGUUCUUCACCUUCUGGUCCUGCUGGUUCUUCACCUUCCGGCCCCGCUGGCUCUUCUCCCUCUGGCCCUGCCGGUGGUGCUCCUCCUGCCCAGACCUCUGAGGGUUCUUCUCCCGUUACCACUGGACCUGCUGGUUCUUCUCCCUCUGGACCUGCUGGCUCUUCGCCUUCCGGCCCUGCUGGCAGCUCUCCUUCCGGCCCCGCUGGUUCUUCACCUUCUGGUCCUGCUGGUUCUUCACCUUCCGGCCCUGCUGGCUCUUCUCCCUCUGGCCCUGCUGGUUCUUCACCUUCCGGCCCUGCUGGUGGUGCUCCCCCCGCUCAGACUUCCGGUGGCUCUUCUCCCGUCACCACUGGUGCUCCUCAGUUCAGCACCUCCACCGUCUUCACCACCUCAGUUCGCACCAUUACUCAGUGCCCUCCUGAGGUUACCAACUGCCCUACGCGCCCCAAGACUGUGACCGACACCAUCGCUCUGUACACCACCAUCUGCCCUGUUACCGCUUCCGAGGGUGCUCACCCCACUCAGCCCGCUGCCGGUCACCCCCAGCCUUCUCAGCCUGCCGCUGGCCAGCCCGGUUACUCUGCUCCCGCCGGUCAGCCUUCUCAGCCCGCUGGCCAGCCCGGUAACUCUGCCCCUGCCGAGCCUACCACCACCACCACGGCCACCUCUUACAUCACCCAGACCUUCACCAUCACCCGAUGCCCUCCUGGAACUCCUAACUGCCCUGUUGGCGCUGUCACCACCACUGUCUACCCCAACGGUCCUUCCACUCUUGUGUCUCAGACCGUCCCCGCAGUUGUGAUCACUCCUCCCGCCUCUUCCGCCGCCGCUGUCACCGUUCCCGUGGUCCCUGUGCCUCCCCCGGCUGUCUCCUCUGCCCCUCCCUCCAACCCGGCAGUUCCUCCUUACAACCCCGCGGUCCCCGUUGGAACUGCCCCCGUUGUUCCUCCUUACAACCCCUCGGUCCCCGUUGGAACUGCUCCCGUUGUUCCUCCUCCCGUUGGCACUGCUCCCGCUGGUUCCCCGGUGUACACUCCUCCGGCUAACCCUCCGGUUAUCUCUCCCGCCCCUCCUGCCGGUACCAACCCCGUUGGUCCUCCGGCUGGCGGUCCUCCUGCGGGCUCUCCCUCAGGAAUUCCUCCUGUCAACGCUGCCGGCCGUGUUGGUGGCAGCAUCUUCGCUGCCAUUGCCGCUGCCGCAGUCUUCCUUUUGUAA